AUGUGCCACCUCGUGAGCGGCGUGGCGUGGCGGGCGGCUGUCUCUGCCGCCGCCUCGAGUGAGCCUCGUCUCGCUCUUCGUCUACUCGAGCCUCGUCUCGUGUGCCGCCUCGUGGGCGGCGUGGCGGGCGGGCGGCUGUCUCCGCCGCCGCCUCGAGUGAGCCUCGUCUCGCUCUUUGUCUACUCGAGCCUCGUCUCGUGUGCCGCCUCGUGGGCGGCGUGGCGUGGCCGGCGGCUGCCUCUGCCGCCGCCUCGAGUGAGCCUCGUCUCGCUCUUUGUCUACUCGAGCCUCGUCUCGUGUGCCGCCUCGUGGGCGGCGGACGCGAUGGGCGGCCGUCUCUGCCGCCGCCUCGAGUGA